ACCAAAUUUUGCUGUUUUUGGAACUGGGCAGUCGGGAUUUCCCUUGUAUUCCACUCUUUUGGGCCUUCUUCUCUAUAUUUCUGAUGAAUGAACGGGGUGUUGGAUGACCCAUACGCAAUUCAUUUUGUACUCGUCAACUGUUGACUACUACAUAAUUGAGAUGGAGAGAGCGACGAAGAACGUCUUACUUUCUUCUAAUGGGGAUGACAUCUCCAAGAAUCUGGCUAUUCAUCUUGCCAAAAGGGGUUGCAGACUGGUUUUGAUUGGAAAUGAAAAGGUUCUUCAGAGCAUGAGCAAGGUGAUGGCGGAAUCCUUAAAGGGCGUCCUGCCAAUUGAGGUUGUUGGGUUGGACAUGGAAGAAGAGAGAGAGGCGGCUUUUGAUAAGGCUGUGAACAGGGCAUGUAGUAUUUUGGGAACUUUGGAUGCUUUUGCCCAUGCCUAUUCUUAUGAAGGUCCCAUACAAGAUGCUUUACAACUAUCUGAAGAGGAAUUCCAAAAGAUUGUUAGGAUAAAUUUGAUGGCUUCAUGGUUUCUGAUGAAGGCUGUUUGUCGAAGAAUGCGGGACCAGAAAUCAGGAGGUUCAGUAAUUUUUUUAACCACCUUAAUUGGUGCUGAGAGGGGACUGUAUCAAGGAGGAGCUGCAUAUGGAUCAUGCUUAGCAGGAUUACAGCAGUUAGCUCGAACUUUAGCUCUGGACGUUGGAAAGUAUAAGAUCAGGGUCAAUGCAAUCGCCCGUGGAUUGCACCUUGAUGAUGGAUACCCUGUAUCAGUGGGCAAGGAGCGAGCAAAGAAGCUGGUCAAGGAAGCAGCCCCACUGGAGAGAUGGCUCGAUGUCAAGGAGGAUUUAGCUUCAACCGUCAUCUAUCUAAUCAGUGACGGGUCACGGUAUAUGACUGGAACAACCAUAUUUGUUGAUGGGGCACAGUCUCUGGUGAGGCCGCGGAUGCGCUCAUAUAUGUAGUUCUUAUACAUGGUGUUUGGACAGCCUUUGGUUGGAUGCGAACUGGAACUGUUGUUUUCUACCAAUACUCAUGAAUAAAUUUGAAGUUUAGUGAAAGCAUGUUUGAGUUGAUAGUUUCUUUAAAGCCCUUUCUCUUGGUUUAUUUUCAUAGUUGAAGUUAGGAAUUUUCCAGAAUUCCAAAGUUUAUAAAUAGUGAUUUCAAAGUGUAUGAUAAUCGCAAGGACACUAUGUAACAUAAGUUAGUAGCGCAUAUCGUGUUUGAAAGGAAGUUAAUUAACUAUUUUGUCAAGCAAAUUGUGAGACAACUUCAUGAAUUUGAGUAAUGUUCUUUGAAA